AUGACAGAAGUGAAAGGAACUCCCAUCAUUAAAGGUUCACGAACAAUGCAAAUAACUGGCUUAUAUAAAGGAAGGGCAAUUAUUAUAAAAGACUCUUACAGUGUUAUAAAUAAGAAGCUUAAACUAUUUCCUGCUAUGUUUAACUUACAAACAGGACCGAAAGAAGUAUUUCCAUACAACUACUACAGCAGUGUUUUGUUAGCAAAUGACAACAGAACUGGUGUCAUUUCUGAAGCGUGUAAGUUUAUCCAUGAUGCGGAUACGUUCAUGAAAAACAUAGAUUCUAUCAAAGGUUGCAGAAUAGAUGAAAACCACUUCGACUUAGAAAAGUAUAGCACAUUUUAUUGCAAACAAGAUGUAAGAAUUUUAAGAGAAGGUUUUGUUAAGUUCCGCAAUGACAUAUUGAAAGAAUUUGAUUUAAACGUUUAUGACUACGUUAGUAUUUGUUCAAUUGCUAACAAAUUAUUUGAGAACAGAGUGUACUUCCCGAAUGGAAAUUUAUAUGACCUCUCAAAUAAACCAAGAGAAUUUAUUUCACGCUGUAUUCAAGGUGGAAGAUGUAUGCUGUCAGAUAACAUGAAACAAAAGAGUAAAGAGAAACUCAUUGCUGAUUUCGACGCUGUUUCAUUAUAUCCAUCAGCUAUAGCAAGACUUUAUACUUUAGAAGGUAUACCGAAAGUAUUGGAGAAAGAAAUGUUAAGCACAGAGUAUCUCAUGAGACAUUUAUUCGAUGACGACCAAAAGGAACCCAUUGGUGAAAAGUUUAUGUCCGGCUUCUUUGUUCUCAUUAAGAUAACAGAGAUUGGAAUACAUAGACACUUUCCUUUAAUAGUUUGUGACCCUAAACUAAAUCCAGAACUUAACGUUCCCAGAAGUUCAAACACUUGCUGUUUAAUGUAUGUUGACCAUAUAACAUUACAAGACCUCAUAAAAUAUCAAGGUGUCAAAUGUGAAGUGUUGCAAGGAUACUAUUACGAUGGAAACAGAGAUAUUAGAAUAAGAGAUGAAGUAAAGAAGUUGUUUGAGUUAAGGUUAAAGUAUAAGAAAGAAGGAAAUCCUUUGUAA